UGGGUCUGGACAAUAGCCACACCUUAUAAAUGGUUCCGAACCCCAGGGAUGAAGGAUGUACCAUGGCAGAGAUUUUAUCUUGAAUAUAAGUCUUCUCUUCCAUUUGUGCUGUACCUCAUUGUGAACUUGUCUAGGGGGGUGGCAUCUCGUUUUUCUUUUCUAACAUACAUACUUGAAUAUAGCAAUCUAUUGAUGAUAGAAACAUACGGGCCGAAAUCUAUCCUCGGCACAACGUGUGCAAAUUAAGAACCUUAUUGAUAAAGCACAUGCAAAAUCAUAUCAGCUUGAAUUUCCCACUAGGAUUUUUAAAAUAUAACAAGGCUAAUCGUGCUGCAUUUUAAGCAGGAAUACUUUAUGUGCGAGGUAGCCGUGUAAGACACGACAUUUACACUAGAAAACAGGGCGCAAGGUAAGCAAUCACAUUCGUAUUUAUGAAAGUGGUCGACAAACAACUGAAAGAGUACGUGUGCUCUAAUGUGCGGACACACUGGAAGCGCGGCUGGAAGCGCAUGCGCGAUGAGACACCGGCGUCUCCCUUAAGAUAGGCUUAGGAGGGAGACAGAGACGCUGGAAUAAAUAGAUAAGUAAGCAAAUAAAUAAAUGCAUUCCGGAAGGCUGCACAUCUCAGUGGCAGCCGUGGGAUGGAGCAGUACGCGUGAUCUCCGGGGAGCGGGUUUAAGGCAAGUCAAACCUUGUGCUCAACGGUUUCGUGGUUUCCUUCGACAAUUUUAGAGGGUUUCGGUUUCCUUUCUUUAAUCUUUUUCCCCCCAUGACCUCCACUUUAGUUUCCACUGUUAACCUUAUUAAGAAAGAAGGCUACUCCCGUCACUUUUUAUACACCGAUGCACGGCGAGGAUAAGGAAAGAGGAGAGUUGAAAAAUGUGACAAAGGAUUACCGGCGAGGUAUUCGGAUGGAAAGAGCCACGCAAACGGCGUCCCUAAGCCCGCCUGCUCGGAACUGGCUUCUACUGCACGGAGCGGCGCUCUCUCCUGCCUGUUGGCUUCGGCCGCCCCUGUGAGAAGGGGCACAACGUGGGCAUCAGCUGAACCAAGAAAUUCGCUCUACGAAAUCACCGGGGACUCCACAAGAUUAUCAGCAGUAAGCACAGGAUGCAGUAGUAAGCUGCAAUGACAGUGAGCACCACCUUCUGGUUCCUGGAACAAUACCUUCAUCUGUACUAGGAUGCUUGCUCUGGACCAGACCCACCCAAUUGUUUCUCCUUUUGCACGGCUCACUGCCCACCAGCCCAAUCGCGCCUUCAGGCUCCACCAUGAAUGAUGAGCAGAUCCUCAACAGCAACGCACUGGCCUGGCUGGUCUGCUCAGGCGUCUCGAUCCUGGCCAAUACCUGGGGGAUACUGAGUGUGAGCGCCAAACAAAAGAAAUGGAAGCCCUUGGAAUUCCUAAUUUGCACAUUGGCUGGCACACAUAUCCUGAACAUGGGCAUUCCCAUCACAAUGUAUUCCGUCAUCCAACUACGACGGCAGCACUCAGACUAUGAGUGGAACGAGGGUCUCUGCAAGGUGUUUGUAUCCACCUUUUACACUUUGACACUUGUCACAUGCUUCUCUGUUACUUCUCUGUCCUAUCAUCGCAUGUGGAUGGUCCGUUGGCCUGUCAAUUACAGGUUAAGUAAUACAAAGAAGCAAGCAGUUCACACAGUGAUGGGCAUAUGGAUGGUCUCUUUCAUUUUGUCUACACUACCAGCUGUGGGAUGGCAUGACACCACAGAGCGCUUUUACGCUCGGGACUGCCGUUUCAUUGUCACUGAGAUAGGCCUGGGCUUUGGAGUGUGCUUCUUGCUCCUGAUUAGUGGGAGUGUCAUCAUGGGAGUAGUUUGCAUUGGCAUUGCCCUUUUUCAGACUUUUUCAAUCCAGACUGGACACAAUAUUGACAAGAAUAAGUUUAAUGUCCCAACAAUAGUUGUGGAGGAUGCUCAGGGCAAGCGAAGAUCAUCCAUUGACGGUUCAGAACCCAUCAAGACGUCUCUCCAAAUAACUUAUUUAAUCAGUGGAAUAGUUUUUAUCUAUGAUUUUUUAACUGGAUUCCCAAUUUUGGUGGUGAGCUUUGCCAGUCUGAAGUACGACCGCUCCUACAGCUGGAUGGUCCUCUGUGUGCUCUGGUGCUCCAUUGCUCAGUCCAUCUUACUCCCGAUGUUCUUGUGGGCCUGUGACCGCUACAGGGCCGAUGUCAGGAUGGUCUGGGAGAAGUGUGUCGCCAUAAUGUCCAAUGAUGAUGUUGAUGACGAAAACAGCCAGGAUGGAGGAAUUCAUCCGGAUUUAAUUUAUGACAGACCAUAUGACUAUAGCUGCGCGGCGGAUAUUGUGACGGUAGACCGUAUUGCCAAGUAUGAAUUCUCCGCCCUAGAAAGGGGCGUCUCCCAGAUUUACCCAAUGAGACAACUGCAGGAAGAUAAAAUGCAGUAUCUGCAGGUGCCUCCUACCAGAAGAUACUCCCACGACGAAACCGACAUGUGGAACAGCGGCCAGAUCCCGGCCUACCUCCACCGCUGGGGGUCCACCGAGAACAUCGUUGGGAUCCCACAUUACAGCUCUCCUCAGCACGAGAGACGGAGAAGCAGCCUGGUCUCUUACCACGAGGAGAACCUAUCAUACCACAAGAGGAGGAAAUCAGAAGAGAGCGUGCUAUCUUUGAAGCAGCUCCCCCGAGAGGAGCGCUACGAGGACGACCUGAGGUGUUUCAGCCGGGACGAGGUGGUCAACUUUAUCGAUGAGACACCACUACCUAGCCCCAUGAAAAGCCCUCUGCGCUCUUCUUCCAUUUCUCUCAUCCCAGAUAUCUAUGAGCAGCGUGCUGGACUAUACCCUCACUUUCCAUUGACCAAUUUCGAAAGGGAACCACAAGUCCUGCGCCGGCUGACAGAGCAGGGGAAAGGGUGUUUGGCUGCAGGGCAGGUGUCUGAUGUGUCAAAGAGUAAUGAGACAGCAUUGUGUUCUGGAGGCAAUGGUAUGGCAAUCGCUGGCAGCAGUGUUAGGGACCCACAGAACACCCAACAGUCAGCCCCACUGCCCUGUAGCACUCUGCGUACUGGCGAUCAUUUUGCUGGGAGGUUACGGACAGGUCUCAGUGGGAGCAGUAGCUGGGGUGAUCAGGACAAACUGAGCAAAGUCGAGAGUCGGGGCAGUACAAACAGUUUCUUGAGCUCCCCUUCGGCCUCUUCUGGCUACAUCACCUUCCAUUCAGACUCCAUUGGAUCAGCAUCUUAGGCAAAACUGCGCUGCUCUCCAGCCGAUAGUCUUCUUCCACUGAGUGUGGAAUGUUAAUAGCAUUUUACUGUUAUUUUCUUUUUUGUAUCAUGUAAAAGGUUUAUCAACAUGGAGCUUCUUUGCGAGCACCAAAGAUGAUAUUUUUUGUCAAUUUUGUUGAAUACAAAAACUUUUUUAAAAAAAAAAAAAGGAAAGAAAGAAAAUAAACAAAAAGAGGAUAUGAUACUUGGUGGCUUUUCGAUUGUUUUUCUUCGUACCAGCUCAGAUAGACCCAGAGGAAGGUGUAUUUUUACUCAAAAGGCAUUAUAAGAAGUAGACGUCUUUUCCACUCCUACUUUGGAAAACUUAACUGGAGGCAAUAAUUUCCUGGGUGUAUUUUAGAAAAUACUUCACUUUGAAAGUUCAUUUCUGGUGGCCGACCAGCAAUCAGAUAGAAUUCUUUUUAUUACCACAGUUAUUCUUAAGAAUUUUAUGGAUUUUGUAUUCCUGGGCUGGAAGACCAAAGCCAUAUUUAACUUAUGCGUUGUUUGGGCCCAUAUGACAAGAAAAUAUAUUUUCAAUAUAUUUUUUAUAUAUAUGGGACAUACUUUCUUAAUAUAUAAAGGGUGAAAAUAAAUAAAUACAUGAAAAAGGUACAGCUUCAAAGUUGUGUCGUAAUUUGUGUUUUAAAUAUAUGGCGCAUAUGUUCAGUUCUGUUUAUGCUUCCUUGUUAUUACAUACCAUGAAAAAUAUGUUGCUUAUAAAUAAAUAAACAUAUACAGGUAUUCUAUUUAAUUUCAUUCUGAUUUAAGGAACUGAUUAUGAAAACUUUUCAUAAAAGUGAAUUUUUUUUUGUCUGUUUUUUUUUUUUUUUAUAGGCCAGGGGCUUUAGAUGGUUUACUUGUCUUUAUUUCUUGUUUUUGAUGUUCCUUAUCUAUACCCUCUCUGAGUGUCCCUCGAGCACUGUAGUGCUAACAGCUUGUGCUUCUUGUGAAUGGAAGCCAUCAAGUGCCCGUUUUGGAUAAAAUAUCUAGAAUUUCUACUCCUCGGCUCCCUUUUUAGUCGUAAAAGUGGCUCAGGUGAAUCUGUCUUGUUUUACUUUGCUGAUUUUCAGUAAACUGGGUUUCCCCUCACUUUGUUUAUUUUGUGUGUUUGUUUAGGUAUUCUGUUUUGUUUUUGUUAAUUUU